GAUCCCUCUCCCCAGGUGGCUGCUUGGAGUAGGAAGGAUUUACACACGGCUGCAUGAUUCGGAAUUUAAUCUGCGAUGGAAACCUGGCCGGCAGUGGCCUGCUUCCUGAUGCUGAGCCUGAUAGCGGAUUGGGCGGGGAGCGUGCAGUCCAGAGACUUUACCAUGCAAGAUAUCGUCUACCUAUAUCCCUCAACAACGCCAUAUCCUGGUGGAUUUAAAUGCUUUACCUGUGAAAAGGCUGCAGAUAAUUAUGACUGCAAUCGUUGGGCCCCUGAUAUAUUCUGCCCAAGAGAGACCAGAUACUGCUACACUCAGCACAUCAUGAACGCCACGGGGGAGAGUGUGUCGGUGACGAAACGCUGCGCGGCUCUGGAGCACUGCCUCAAUAGCGGCUGCAGGGACUCCAUCAAUAAGGACCAGAAGGUGUGCACGUCAUGCUGUGAAGGGAAUAUCUGUAAUUUGCCAUUGCCCCGGAAUGAAACGGAUGCCAUAUUUGCAACCACGUCGCCGCUCAGUAGCUCAGGAAGGAGCGCAGUACAGGGUGGAACGGUGUUAGCAUGCUUAUUCCUGCUGUGGCUCUUUGGCACGUAAAGGUGCCAGCGCCAACUCCGAGGCCAAUGUGAAAGAUACUGAGUAUUCCAGUGCCAUCUGUUAUGGCUGCAACCCAGGAAUGGAUGGUAACGAUAUCGCCGGGGCCUUCCUGCAUCUGAAAUGGCUCAAUGGAACGUAUAACCUCUCCUAGAGCGAGAUGUCCAUACUGAGUUCCUACGAUGCAUCCGUCGCACUGCGGAACCAGUCAAGACAAUAGGAGUGUGGAAAUUCGAUUGGCCAGUUCCUCAGAGCAGCCAGCGUCACUAUAUAGACUGUAGGAAGUGUACUAUCCAAUCAGAAAGAAGAGACUUCUACUGAACCACCAAUGGGAAUUCCAAAUAUUCUUUUCUAUGAAGCGCUUUCCAUAAUGAGAGCUUGCGUUUGUUUGCACAAAUUGGCUGUGCAUUGGCCAAUAGCAGAGCUGCCUUUGUUACCUGUGGGCAUAUCGGCGCCCCCUGUUGGAUAUAGUAAAAUCUGAGCUGCUUCGUGGUUGGCUGAAGGUUAAAUUUAGUAUUUAAUUUAAAACGCAAUGGCUGGUAUUGUUCCAGAAUAUAGAAUGAUUACAUCGGAUCAAUAUUUGAUGAUAAAAAGCAGCAUAAAUGUAUAAUACAUUCACAACUGCAGCACAUACAGCUGUAUAUAUGUUUAUAUAUCUUUAUUUUUAUCACUGGAUAUCAUUGUUCUGCUCUAUUCAUCUCAGUUGAGACCAAACUGUGGCCAAGCUUCCAAUGAGAGUGGCUACCCUGGGCCUGGCUGUGCAACAGUUUUAGGUAGCAAUUCUGGGCAUAGUGGGGCAUGAUGGUGGCAUUAACACCUGAAGGCCAGUUUUUGGGGUGAGUGCUUAUUUGUGCCCAGGGUACCCCUGGAACUAUAGCAGGGUGACUGUUACCCCAAUGUUUCUAUAUAUCUGUAACCUUGUUAUGGGCUAAGGGGGCCCAGCCUGAAGGCCAGUUAGGGGGGGAUGUGGGUUGAGUGCUUAUUUGUGCCCUGGGUACCCCUGGAACUAUAGUAGGGUGACUGUUACCCCAAUGUUUCUAUAUAUCUGUAACCUUGUUAUGGGCUAAGGGGGCCCAGCCUGAAGGCCAGUUAGGGGGGGAUUUGGGGUGAGUACUUAUUUGUGCCCUGGGUACCCCUGGAACUAUAGCAGGGUGACUGUUACCCCAAUGUUUCUAUAUAUCUGUAACCUUGUUAUGGGCUAAGGGGGCCCAGCCUGAAGGCCAGUUAGGGGGGGAUUUGGGGUGAGUGCUUAUUUGUGCCCUAGAUAUUCUAUUCUAUGACUGAAUGAAUCUCUAAUCGUGUUAUCAGCUAACAGGGCCCUGACCAAAAGC